GAGAAGAUGACACACUCCAACCAAUUAUACAUAAUUAUUAGAUCUAUUAAGAGUUAAAAAAAAUUCAUGGCUCUAAUUUUUUGGAGCCAUUAAUUUUGUUUUUCUAAGCCAUUUUUUUAUUAAAAAAAUUGAAUAGUUAGAAUACUUAAACAAUUCAAAAUAAAAAAUAGUAAAACUAGAGGUCACAAAGCUAAGAGAAUAUAUUCAAAACCAAGCAAGUGGGAAUAAAUAAAUUUAUAAUAAAAUUAUCAUUCUUAGCAUGAGACAAAAUAGAAAAUAUCUCACAUUAUUUAAUAUAUAAAUGUCAGAAUUCAGCCGUUGUUUCGCGGAUAGUCUUGACUUUAGCCUUCUUCUCCGAGCCCUUGUCCAUUGUAUAACUAAUGCUUGAAUGUCCUUCAACCCCUCCUUAUCAAGUGGGAGUAAAAUAAAUUCAUAAUAUAAUGAUGAUUAUUAUUAUACUAAUGAAAUCAUUAUCUCAUCCCUCUAAGACCCUUGUUCGAACAACUUAGAUCUAAGAACUUCUCAACUUUGCACAUUAACAGUUGAGUGUAUUUUUUUUUUAGUACUAAAGAUCUUCAAUCUAAUUAUAUAUGUUCUAAAACUCCACAUGGAAUCAAAUUAUCAUCAACUUGCAAAAUCAUUCAUUUUCUUUAUUGAACCCUUGUCUCCCCUAUCACCUCAACCUCCCCCAAACCUACUACCACAUCAUCAUCCUCAUCUCCCUCUCCUCCACAAAUUGAAUGAAGCUACAUAACAAGUUAAUUACACAAAAAACAAUCGCAAGAACAUUCUAGACUUAAACCCCGUAAUAUGUCUAACUAAGAAGAGAAGGUGCCCUUAAUGACAUCCUUCCUUUCUUUCUCCUUAAAUAUUCCCUCAAACUUCACACUUCUCCUCAUAACUUGUGAUUGAUUUUAUGGUCUCGUCGCGAGAAGAUGCCUAAUGCGGCCACAUACAAAGUCUUUGUCGGCACUUGGAAUGUCGGAGCCAUCACACCAUCAAACAGUCUCAAUUUGGAGGAUUGGUUGGGCACAAAUCGCGACUCCUACGACAUUUAUGUUCUCGGGUUUCAAGAGAUUGUGCCACUGAGCACUAGAAAUGUGCUUGGUCCUGAAAGGAACAGGGUGGCCAUGAAGUGGAACUCACUCAUCGGAGCAACUCUGAACAAAUGUCAUCGAACCGAGGAGGAGAAUAAGAAGCCUCGUGAAGUAAAAUCGGAGCAUCAUCACAAGGUGUACCCUAUGAAACAAGGGGGUGUUGAUCAUGUCGAGUUCAAUUGUAUAAUGAGCAAGCAAAUGGUUGGGAUUCUGAUCUCAGUUUGGGCGAGGAAAGAUCUUUCAGGAUUAAUCAGGAACCUUUGUGUCUCCUCUGUUGGUUGCGGCAUCAUGCGCUGCUUGAAGAAUAAGGGUUCGGUGUCGGUUAGAUUCUAUCUUCGCGGAGCGAGUUUUUGUUUCGUGUGUUGCCAUCUGAGUUCAGGAGGAAAAGAGGCAGACCAAAAGCUUCGGAAUCUAAAUGUCACUCAUAUUUUAUCCAAGACUUGUUUUGCCGCCAACGACUCUUCAAACAAUUCUCCCAAGAAAAUUCCCGGUCACGAUCAUAUAGUCUUGUUCGGAGAUUUAAACUACCGAAUCUCCUUACCCGAUGCGAAAAUGAGGCAACUUGUCGACCGAGAGGAGUGGAAAACCUUGUUAGAUGAUGAUCAGCUAAGUUUUGAAUUGUCCCCAAGAGGAAUAUUUGAAGGUUGGAACGAGGGCCCCAUCAAUUUUCCUCCUACAUAUAAAUAUAAACCUAACUCUGAUGAAUAUUAUUAUGGUUAUAUUUAUGAUGAAUCAAAAGAAGAGAAGAGAAGAGCUCCAGCAUGGUGCGAUCGAAUCCUGUGGAUCGGGAAAGGCUUGAAGCAACUUUGCUACGAGCGAUGCGAGUCGAAGUUGUCGGACCACCGAUCAGUGCGAGCGAUCUUUCUUGUUGACGUAGAGGUGUGAUUGUAGUGACUUAUAUACUUUGGGAGGAUGAUGUACGAAAUGGAAGAUCGAGUUUAUUUACUUAACUACGAAAUCCAUUUCUUGAAUUCGCUCAAAUUAUGAGUUUCCACUUAUCGAUAGCAAAUGAAUAGAUGCCUAAUAUUUCUUUUUGGCAUCGGGGCA